AUGUACUUCUUAGGAAUUGAAUUCUCCGGGUCUGAGAAAGACAUACAUAUGUGUCAAAGAAAGUAUGCUCUUGAAUUGGUGUCAGGAUUGGGAUUAUCUGGUGCAAAAACUGCUUUCACACCUUUGGAUUUUAAUCACAAAUUGACUUCAGUUGAGUAUGAUGAAGCAGCGAAAAAGACUGAAGAUUGUAAAGAUCCACUACUAGAGAACAGGGGCAGUUAUCAAAGAAUUAUGGGAAGAUAUCUGUAUUUGACCAUGACAAGGCCAGACUUAGCUUUUAUGGUUCAAGUACUUAGUCAGUACAUGCAUGCACCUAAACAAAGUCAUACAGAUGCAGCAUUAAGAGUGGAAAGAUACAUCAAAGGAAGUUCAGGUUUGGGACUGUUUAUGCCAGUAGGCGGAAAACUAAGUUUGACAGCAUUUUGUGACUCUGACUGGGUAUCUUGUGCUGAAACUAGAAAGUCUGUAACUGGUUACUUGGUGAAGCUUGAUAAUGCACUCAUCUCUUGGAAAUAA